CUGAAUCUCAACGUGGUGAAAACCGUUCACAGCCGCUUUCUCUACGAACACGGUCUUGGUUGGCGACUCGGCCGUCGAUGCUCGAGCAGCGCUUUCAAGCUCAUCAUCACCACGUACUAGGCGGAUACCUCUUCCCCCACCACCGUCGACAGCCUUGAUCAUGAUAGGAUACCCGACGGCGUGAGCGAACUCCUUGAUCCGCUGUACGUCGGUCGAGGCGUCCAAAGCUGGUAACACAGGAACAUUGUUCUCUUGCGCCAAUUGCUUCGCCUUGAGUUUAUCCCCUGUGCGAUUUAGGACUUCCCAACCGGGCCCGAUGACUGUAACGCCAACAUCUUGCAUGCGCUUGGAGAACUCGGCACUUUCACUUAAGAAUCCAUAUCCUGGAUGGAUGGCAUCGAUAGCAUGCUGUUGGGCGAGACGGACCAGAAGGUCGAUAUCCAAGUAGCCAUCGGAUGUAAUCUGCAGAGCUCUAUGCGGGCGACCAAUAUCGCAGUGUGAGCGGUCAUCUUCGGUAUAUAAUGCGAAUGUGUCUAUCGACGGACAUGUCUCUCGUGUCGCUUGCAAGAUGCGAACGGCAAUCUCGCCUCUAUUUCAUUAGCGGGGUUCGACAACGCAUCGCGGCGAAUGGUACCUGUUUGCAACUAGAAGCCGUUGGAUUGAGCGUGCGACUGUCAUGUUCAGUUUGGUAUGUAUGGUUGUUGAAUUUCGUUGUAGAGAUGCCGGUUGAGAUGAUGUAUGUCAAGGUCCUGUGUGCUGUCCUGGCCUCGGUCCUCGGCCUGUUGAAAGCUACCCCUCAUGGGGGGAACCAUUGACAUCAAACAUAACAACGACCACGACUUUGGGCCGGAAGAACAAUCAAAGUACAGGCGGAUUGAAUAUGUCGAACGACAAUAAACCCGCAUCGUCAGCGUCAAAACGACUGCGCCAAGUGUCAUCUCACCUAGCCCUUCCCGCAGACUAUGCCGACGUACGCGAACAAAUCCAGACCCUGCGCACGAUCGCCGCAACACCAGACACAUCACGUCGCGGCUAUGUUCGACAAAAACAGGCUGGGAAGUUAUGGGUGCGCGAGCGACUCGAGCAACUGCUCGACCCCGACAGUUUUGAAGAAAUUGGCUCGCUGUCCGGCACGGUGACGUGGGAGAAAACGGGGCCGAUGCGCGAAAAGCCAGUCUCCUUUAUACCCAGCAAUAAUGUCCAGGGCAAGGGAAAACUGCGUGGUCGGAGCGUGCUGUUGACGGCAGAUGAUUUCUCGCUACGCAGUGGGCAUGCGGAUGGGGCGUCAGCAGGGAAGACGAUCUACCUGGAGAAGCUGGCUCUCGCUCUUAAAUUACCCGUGGUUAAGCUAGUCGAUGGUAGCUCUGGUGGAGGGAGUGUUACGACUAUUCGGAAAGAGGGCUGGAGCUAUCUCCCGUACGUGCCAAUGUUCCACCAGGUUAUCCGGCAAUUGAACGAAGGAAUCCCGAAUCUCGGUGCCAUUGUCGGGCCUGCAAUUGGACUCGGGGCCGCGCGAGUCACUGCAUGCCAUUUCUCGGUCAUGGCAGCAGACGUAGGCGCAUUGUUCAACGCAGGCCCAGAGGUAGUAAAAGGCGCUACCUUUGAAGAAGGUCUAGGCUUCCAAGAUCUAGGUGGGCCCAUGAUCCACUGCACGAACGGUACGAUCGACAAUGUGGCGGCCAACGAAGCUGAAUGCUUUGAGCAGCUGCGAACAGUCCUCAGCUAUCUGCCCGACUGCGGUCGAUAUAAUGCGCCUCCAGUGAUCGCGAGCGAUGACCCGGAAGACAGAGAAGACGAGUCUCUCCGCCGGAUUAUACCCCGCAAACAAACGCGCAUGUAUAAUCCCUGGACCAUCAUCAAGAGCGUCGUCGACCGCGACUCGUUCUUCGAGAUCGGCUCCCUCUGGGGCCGCACAGCAAUAUCAGGUCUCGCACGGCUAGGCGGCCGACCCGUGGGAAUCAUCUCGCUGAACUGCGAGGUGAACAGCGGCGCAUUAGACGCAGGAGGCAGCCAAAAGCUCGCGCGCCUCCUAAAGCUAUGCGACGUGAUGAACCUACCAGUGCUACAAUUCGUCGACGUCCCCGGCUACGCAAUUGGCACAAUCGCCGAACGAACCGCGACGAUGCGCUGGGGCAUCGAGCUCGCAAAAGCCUACUUCUCCACAACAACCCCAAUCUUCAGCGUAAUCACCCGCCGCGCAUACGGCGUCGCCGGCGGCGUGAUGCUCGGCGCACGAGACCCGCACACGCAAGUCGCCUGGCCGUCCGGACAAUGGGGGUCUCUCCCGCUCGAGGGCGGGAUCGAAGUUGGGCACAGGCACGAGCUGCGCGAGGCGGAGAAGGAAGGGAAGAAGGCGGAGCGGUAUGCGGAGCUUGAGGAGGAGUAUCGGCGGUUGAUGAACCCGGUCCGGACGGCGAAUGCCUUUGGCGUUGAGGAGAUUAUUGAUCCGAAGGAUACGCGGAAGGUUGUCUGUGGGUGGGCGAAGCAUGUUUAUGAGGGGUUGAUGCAGAUUCGGCUUGCGGAGAGGGCAGCGGGGAGAAUUCAGCCUGUUUUUACUUGAACCGCUUUACAUGUCGAAAGGUACCUGACUGCAUGGUCUUGUGCCUGCAAAUCCAUAUUCAGUCCCUGAAUGCAGGCAGCACUCAAACCCUCUCCUAUAACCGAGAGCCAUAAGUUCAUAUCCGUCGUGGGAAGUGGUACCCCUCGAAUAUAUGAAAUCACCAGUCAAAACCCUUUCCCUGGUGAAUCAUCUUAAAUAUAUUAAAUAGUGGAGCAAGCGCUCAGCCCUAGACUCAGUUUCAUCCAUUUAGCCGGAUCCCCGGAAAUGAAGCUCUUGGCAGUAAUAUCCAU